AGAGACCAGACUGAACACUGCUGCUGCUGCUGCUGCUGCUGCUGCUGCACGGAGAGUCUGAAGGGCAAACCCCGCAUUGCCACACUGCCCCGUCGGACGCACCGAGUAAACCCGAUCCUUUCCGCACCUUUUCUACGCGGAUUUUAUUCUCUUUAGCCGGACGAGACACCAUAUCCUGGCUGGAGACCUUGGAUUGUUUCCUGGACGGUAUCUUUUUCCACACCAGGUGUUUCAGUAUCUCAACUGAGUGGGAACUGUGGCCUCGGUGACCUUUAUUUAUUUAGUCUAACUUCCCACCUGCAAGAAAUUGGUGCAAAUCAUUGUAAACAGACACUGAGGCGGACAGGAAGCAGCCGUUCGGCAGGAGCCAGGGAUGGUGGAUAACUCCCCAGUGAGCGAGGAGACGUUCCUUCCAUACAGUGGCUCUCCACAGACCUUCCAGCUGUCCGAUAUGGUCACAGACCUGGGCUCCUACCAGGUGAUGCCAUCACCGUUUUCAGAAGAUGACUUGAGUGAGUCGUCCAGCCCUCGUUCCUGCUCCAGCCCUGAUUCCCAGGUGCUCAGCUCCAGCUAUGGCAGCAACUCUAGUGCUGAGAGCCAGGACAGCAUCCUGGACCAUCUGCUGUCCCAGGCCUCCUUAGAAGGUGCCAGCAACGGGUCUGCAGGACCUGUGGCACCUGUGUCAUCAUCCACUUUUCUGUGGGAAGCACAAAGAGAUGAGUCUGACAAACGUGAAGCCAUAAAGGAGGAAAAUUUUGACUUUCACACCUGGUCCCAUGUGGAGACAGAGGAACAACUUGGGGGUUCAUUUCAGCCUACGCUAGAAGAAAUAGAAGAAUUCCUGGAGGAGAAUAUGGAGAUGGUAACAAUGAAGCAUGAGGGUUACCCAGAUAUUGGACCAGAGGAGGGUUUCGGUCUGGAGGUUGGUCUGGAGUGGUGCAGGGAGGCCUCUCCUGAGCCUGAAAUGAAGCCAGAGGCCAAGUAUUCAGACCAAACUGUUCCCACCGCCAGCACAUCCAAUCUGGCCACCGCUGCUUCCAGUGAGACCAAAACAGAGUCAGUUAACCACACACAUGAAUCUAACACAGGGGCCAAGAAAGCGUCAACCAACAGACUUUCAUCAGCAGAUGCUGAAACAAAUGCCAAUGGGAUGCCGGUCAUCGUACAGAUUCAGCCCCUUCAGGUGAAGCAGGAGCCCACAGUUACACCACUUACCCCAGCUACCCAAUCCCAGCAGCCUUCUGCAGCCUCAGACAUCAAAAUUGCACAGCUGCUGGUCAACAUCCAAGGUCAGACCUUUGCGCUUGUCCCUCACAUCUUACCCUCCCCCAACCUCAACAUCUCCUCCAAGUUUGUACGUAUCGCACCGGUCCCCAUUGCAGCCAAACCUCUCGGGCUCGGAGAUGGUUUGGGCGGCCAGGGAUCAGGAAUUCUCGUCGGAAGCCAGAAGUUCCAGAAGAAUCCAGUGGCGGAUCUUAUAAAAAUGCACAAAUGCACUUUUCCUGGCUGCACCAAGAUGUACACAAAGAGCAGCCACCUGAAGGCACACCUGAGGAGGCACACGGGGGAGAAGCCGUUCGCCUGCAACUGGCAGGGCUGCGGGUGGAGGUUUUCCCGGUCUGAUGAGCUCUCCCGUCACAGGCGAUCCCAUUCAGGGGUCAAACCCUACCAAUGUCCCGUGUGUGAGAAGAAGUUUGCCCGCAGUGAUCACCUGUCAAAACACAUAAAAGUCCACCGUUUUCCACGAAGUGGCCGGACAGUUCGCUCUGCUAAUUGACACUCCUCUGUGGCUGCUGGGAUUACUCGGAUCAAUGGGAAUGCUGGGAUCAACCUCACUGGAGCGAGGUGUGAGCGUACAGUUUGCCAACAACAAGUUGGUGAGGAUGUCUGAGUGGAAAUUGGAGAUUGUUGUAAUUUAUUAUAAACCAACACAGUGACUGUCCUGCUGAUAAUCAGCUGAAGGGUUGCUGCUGUUGGUGGUGCUCUGGCAUCUUGUGCUCCUUCUGUUUGUUCUGUCCAUAUUGCCUGCCUCAGCAGAAGAUAAGAUAAGCUUAUUUUCAUUCAGUCUGGAUUAUGUGAUACCUUAGCUAAUAGGCUUUUGUGUCCAAUCUGCCUGAAAAACAACAACUGCCUUUUAUCUUCCUGAAAGCUGCCAACGUCUUGGACAUUCCACAUCUUAUGCAAUCUUUAGGAAGUCAAACUGACCCUUUGGAUUCCCAAUACCUACUACUGGAGUAGUAGUGUUCUUACUUGGGUCCACAGAGGUUUCUGUUAUGGAUUUGUCCUUGUUUUUGCUGCCUUGUGUCACAGUUCAUUGACAAAGAGGGUGCACAGAGCUGUUGAACUCACAUGAACUGAACUACUGAUUGCAUAACAAAGCAAGGGAAUUCACACAAUAAGCUACCAAGACUCAUCUCAUGUGUUUCUGAAUCUUUGUGAACUUAUGUGGAUGGUAAGAGGAGGAGGAUGACGGAGCAACACAAGAACUGCAGAAGUAAAACACUUAAAGUUAAAGCGCACAGUGAUUUUUAAAUCGGCCUUCUGUUCAGUGUUAAAUGUUUUUCUGGUGUUUUUUUUUAUUUUUUUUUUAUAUAUAUUGUUAUUAAGUUAAGUCAGAGGUUUUCAAAGUGCUCGCUGGUCCUUGAGUUCAGGGGAAGCUCGGUGUAUGAAGGUUAUCAGAAGAUGUCAUAAAUGUUCAUAAUGUGCUUGAAAAGCUGAUCAAGUUUAGGGCUGCACAAUAUGUUGAAAAUUCACCAUGGCGAUAUUAGCCUUAAACGAUAAACAUACUGCAACAACUGCCUAAACUGCAAUAAAUAGUCGCACCUCUUUGCAUAUUUUAAGAAAGUGAUGUGACGCUGUUCCCAACAGCGAGUCAAAAGCCCCGUUUCCACUGAGCGGUUCGGUCCGGGCCAGUACGGUUCGGAAGUUUUAGAAGGGUCCGGCCAACUCAGAUGAGCGUUCCCACUGCAAGUUGGACCGCCGCUGGGCGUGUAGGGUUUAGACCAAAUUCCUAGUGUGGCGUCACACUACUGCGACAACAACAAACGUGAUGCUACAAACAACAAUGGAGGUCAAUCAGUAGCUUGUUUUUGCUCUGCUUGGCGAAUGAUACAUGCCUCAUUGUACAACCAAGUAACGCUCAACUGAAUCAUGAACUGAGCGGCGACAUUGUGUUUGUCUCGCGCUUGCUUUAGUCGUGGGCAGUGACGUUUUUCUGUUAAUCAAUGGAUGUUUUUCAUUAGAUGCCAGUAGUUCCAAAUCUGAGAAGCAUCUGAGAAGAAUUUAGCUAAACUAAAUAUUAUCUGAUGGGUUUACGAAGAGAAAUGUGCUGCAUUCACUUGAAAGAAGAUAAAUAAAAAAAAAAAAAGCAACAAGUUUUUCUCAAUUAAAUGAGAUAAAUUUUCAUUUAAAAUAAAAUUAUUUUCUUUUUUUUUCUUUUUUUUAAUUUUCUAAUAAUUUCCUUUAAUUUCACAGUGUUUUCCUGAAUAUACAAGAUAACAGAGUGAUGAGUCGGAGGUGUCUGCAGCACCUGAUCUGGCUAUAUCACGACUGAAGCAUCAGAAUCUUUUUCAUGGCAACCACGGUGAAGGUGUACAAAGUGAUAACAAGCACAUUCUGUGUACUGUGAGCCUUUAAAUAUUGUGGCAUUUUAAAAAGUUGGUUUAAAUGAACAGAAAAGUGCCGCUGAGAUGGUGAAAUGCAGGCCUUCAACCUGCAGCCUCUGGUUCUGCAGAAAUGUGACAGAAGAGAUGAGUUGUUGGUAAAACGAUAAGAACUAAUAAAACCAAAUGAUCGUCCUGUAAGAUGCUAAAAAACAAUCCUGUUUUUAUUCAGCGUGUUUCAAUUAACACUGUAGUUUUUAAGUGUCUUUAUUUUUCAUUAUUAUUAUUUUUAUUGUUGCUUUGAAGAAACUGUUAAUUUGGCUCUUAAAUCUAAUCCUGGUUUUGUUCUUUUGAUAUGCAGCUGAAUCAUUGAAUUUAUUGUAUUUUCUAAGAAAAAAAGCAGCGUCGUCCAUGUUCACACACAUGCAGAACAUUUUAAAGCUCAACUUCCAGAAUGAGGUUCAGUUUUUGUUCUUUUUUUAAAUGCGUGAUCGAUCAGGAAGAAAAUGAGAUUUUUCUGAUUUGAUCUGAAUGGAACUGAUUGUGUUACAUCAGCUGUGAUGUCAUCUCAUCCUGAUAGAUGGAUCCCGAAUCCAAACCAAAUCAGUCGUUAUCCAUUGAAUAUAUAUGAAGUUGCAUCCUGAUCAAACUUGUUUUUUUUUAGUUAAGUCCUCGGCUGAGAGCAUGGCUGAGAACUUCUCAUGGAUCUUUACGUAUCUCGUAUAUAUUUCAGAAAAACAGUUGUUUUUAAAGUUUUUUUUCCAGUGACUGCUCUCAUACUUACUGUCUCAGACUUUGAAAACCUCUGAACUAAGUAUGUGUAUGUGCUCGAUGGUUUUCAGGCCUUGCUGUGCAACACAUCCUCACCACAGAGCAAAGCUGACCUGGAAGUCAUGCUUUCGGUGUGAAGUGUCCUGUCAUACCCAACAGAGUGAAUGUCUCAACCUGCUUUUAUUACCUGAACUAUUAUUUUACUGAAGACUUGACACAAAAUCUGCCUCAUCUCUGCGUAAUUUGUUCCUGGAAACACCCACCUUAUCUGGCAGUGAUGUUAUGUUGAGGUGGUGCAAACUACAUACACACCACGGUGCUGAACUACCAGUAGGAUGAGCUUCCCACACUCAGAUUAGCUUCGUCAUUGCUCUCAAACAUGUCUGAUGCCACAUUGUAAAUAUGUAGGAGUAUGACUGGCUGUCCAUGCAUAUUUCAGUCAUGUAAAGCAAUAUCAAGUGAAGGUACACGACAUUGUACAUCAUUCCUUUCAUUCAAUUUUUGAAUUUGUAAUGCUUGUGUGAGCACAGGUGUUUGCAUCCUAUGAAUGUAUGUAAAUAUACAGAAGUGUAGAUUGCUGCAUCCAGGAAACACACACAGAGACCAUUGGGAUACAUUUAUCUUCCAACGUAUCGAUGCUUGUAAAGAUUUCUGGUGGAAACCCCAAGUGUACAUAACAAUGUUUCAGUACAUAUAAAUAUAUAUUUUUCUUUGUUCUUAUUCAAGAUGCAUUUACAAAUAAAACUGUAAAGAAA